AUGAAAAUUGGCUGUGUACUUUCGCGACGCACUGCCCCCUUGAGGAGCAUCUCACGACUUUGCGCUGUUUCUAAGUCUAUGUCUACCCAUCCAGACAAGAGUCAGAUGGACCAGCCCCUUUAUGUUUCCCCCGUUGAUGCGGAACCGCUUCAUCGUUACCGACAAGGCGGUUAUCACCCAGUCGCACUGGGAGAAUACUUGAAAGCUGGAAGGUAUAAGGUGUUGCAUAAAUUAGGAUGGGGAGGUUACUCGACAGUUUGGGCGGCGAGAGAUCAAAGGUUGUACAAGAUUAUGAGACUCACGGUGAUUCUAGCUAACAUAAAGAAAGAGAUUUAUGUUGCUGUCAAGAUUUCUGUUGCUGAAAUGGACCAUGAUGGGGAGACGCGAGAGCUUCAAACUAUGAAGAAGUUGGCAUCUCAGCAUCCUCGUCCCAAACAUGCGGUGUACAUGUUUGAUCAAUUCGAUCUAAAGGGCCCGAAUGGACAUCAUAAGUGCCUAGUUUAUGAGCUUCUAGGGCCUAACAUCCCGGACACAAUUGAUGCACGCUUUCCUAAUGGGAGACUCCCUGGGAAGCUCGCCAAAGUUAUUGCGAAGCAAAGUCUUAUCGGACUUGAUAGCUUGCACCGACAAAAUAUUGGACAUGGUGAUCUGCAUACCCGCAACUUGGCCUUCACUAUGCCUUACAUGGACAAUGUAACCGAAGAGAAAUUUACUGAGAUGCUAGGAAAACCAGAAAUUGGCUAUGUCCGAAGGAGCGAUGGGAAGGACCUGGAGCCUGGCAUACCCGAGUAUAUCGUUAGGCCUACCUCAUAUCGGACGCAUUCUUGGAAUUCGGCCCAGUCGAUCAAGAUAAUUGACUUCGGUGAAUCAUUCUUACACACGGCAAUUCCUGGAACACUACACACACCUCUACCUGUCCGGGCACCUGAAGUUAUAUUUCAAGAUCGCAUUGAUUAUCGUGUUGACUUGUGGAGCAUGGGAUGCAUGCUCUUUGAACUUUUCGUGGGUCAACCUCCAUUCGACACCUUCUUGAUAACGCCGAAAAUCCUCGUUGGCCAAAUGCGAGAGAUGGCAAGUGAUGGCCUACCUGAAAGAUGGCACGAGAUAUGGGAUACGAUGAACGCAGGAGACGGCAGAACCAUAGAAAGCACUGGGCCCAAGUUGCAGGAAUGGCUAGAAGAAGUAUACUUUGAUGGCCCGCAGAGUCCCGAUCUCACCAGAGAGGAUAUAGCGCGGCUGGGGCAAAUCAUCGGAAAGUUAUUGCAGUUUGAGCCGUCGGCAAGGGCGUCAGCAAGACAGGUUUUGGAUGACCCUUGGUUUAAUGAGUAA